AGCCUAACCUCCGUUUUCAGUAGGUCAUGGUGCAACUUGUUUAACAAAGGAAAACCCUUUGUCGUACCAUCACAAGGCAGUUUUUAAAGCGUUUCCCUUAGAGGGUCUGAACUGAGUGUUGAAACAAAAUAUUGGGUGGAGUUUUGUUACAUUGACGUAUUUCAAAGAUCCAACCUUACUUUAGAUGGAAAAAAACCAAAAGGUAAGUACGAGUCUUGGUCACGUCACUCCCAAGAGGCUCUUGGGGCACCAAAAGUAUAUUUACUGUGCACUGUAAUCUUCUCGUCUCAACCGAGGAAAGACAAGCCGGACAGAGACAACAUGAAGAUGCAGAUGUUGGUGGUGUUGGCUGUAGCAGCCUUGGUCCCCAGUCUGUCUGAGGGACGGAUCCUUUCCAAAUGUGAGCUGAAGAACUUGUUGGAGAAGGAGGCCCUCAAAUUCAACAUGACUGGGGGAGCCGGAGUGACUGGGGGAGCCGGAGUGAAGAACCUGACAAACAACGAUUUUGUGGCUAAAAUCGUCUGCCACGUGGAGAAGGCCUCGGGUUUCAACACCAGUUUUGUGACUGCUUGGAGGGAUGAUGACGGCCCUACCCACCCUGCCAAGGUUAAUGACCGCCAUCGCCCUGAGCCCCCUCCUAAGAGGGGUAAGAGACAUGCCGGGGAUGAUGUUGACCCAACCCACCCUGCUAACAAUGAUAACCACCCUACCCCUCCUGCCCGCCCUAACCACCCUACCCCUCCUCCCCGCCCUAACUACCCUACCCGCCUUACCCUUCCUACCCGCCCUGAGCAGCCUCCUAAGAGGGGUAAGAGACAUGCCGGGGAUGAUGUUGACCCAACCCACCCUGCUAACAAUGAUAACCACCCUACCCCUCCUGCCCGCCCUAACCACCCUACCCCUCCUCCCCGCCCUAACUACCCUACCCGCCUUACCCUUCCUACCCGCCCUGAGCAGCCUCCUAAGAGAGGUAAGAGACACGCUGGGAAUCACUUCACCUCAGGAGAGGAAGACUCCAGCGAAGAAGAGACCAUGGGGACCCUCUACGGCUUGUUCCAGCUGAGCGAUCGUGUGAUUUGUUCCUCGGGCUCAACUCCAUCGUUGAACCUUUGUCAGAUGAACUGCAGUGCUUUGAUUGAUGACGACAUAAGCGAUGACUUUAACUGUGUGAAGACGAUCAAACAGACAAUGGAAAGUGGGCGUGGUCAACAAACUAAGGCUCUAAAGAGAAUGAUCAACCUGCUCUUCCAGAAGGAAUGUGUCGCCACGGUGGCCUCCAGCUACUUCUCCAAGUGUUGAAUCCCCCGAUGUUAGACGACAAUCCCCCCCCAAUUUCAAAAAGAUCCGAAUUGGGCUGCCUGUGUUAAUAAUACAGCCAUUGUGUGUAACAAUUAGUUCUCAUCAGCUUCAUGUUCACAAAGUACACCGGAAUAGAAUGUAGCAUGUAGAAAGAAUAAAAAUGAACAUUACAUUAA